UAUCAAAUAAAUUAGUGUCAAUCAAAGGUGUCAAUUAAAAGGAAAUACAUAUUCUAAAUAUAUAAAAGUCCUAUAAUAGAAAGAAACCAUGAAUGAACGAAAAUCUUCAGAGAUUUUUGAAGAGAAUCUGUUAAAAAGAGAAAGGCAACGAAAACAGCUUACAAAAAGAGAGAUAGAAAGAAUGCGGGCCGAAUUGCCUAAGUAUAGCCUAAAUGAAAUUCGUCAGUACAAACUGCCAUAUUACGAAGCUCUCUUGCUGCAGUUGCACGAAAGCGGUCACUUGGGCACAGAGGCGUACAUCCAAAGUAUUUUCGACGUUCAAAAUAAGUUACGGGAGGAGGCUGGAUAUCAGAGUAACAUAUGGCAACAGCCCAUCUUAAAGUUCAGCGAGAAAGAGUUGCGCAAACUGAGCGAUGCCCUUGUAAAGAGCGAAGAUGAACAUAAUAUAGGUAAUUAUAGAAAAGAAACAGAGAUUUUACUAAGUACUGGCAUCGAGUUCUCUUUUUAUAUGCAAGAUUGGUUAUGGCUUGGAAAACUACUUCUUCAGAAAGCGAUCGAUAACGCCAAGACCAAUCAAACGACUGGAAAACAUGAAGCGUUGGUUAGAUUUGUUUUUUCAAAAUUGUUAAUUGAGAAAGUGAAAGAGUUUGAGAAUGCGGAAGAACACUUGAUAAUUGCCAGAAAACUAAGCGCCGGCAAAAGUUGGAACGUCAAGCAGUUCUUUCCAGAUUACACCGAUUCCAACACACUGUUUAUGAACGCGAAUUACUUACUGCACUUGGUGUACAUGAAAUUGGCACGCCAGUGGGCUAGAACCGACCAAGCAAAAGCUAUCGAGUUCGCUAUAUUGGCAAAAAGAAGAGCAAACGAAGCUUGCUUUCACGAUGGAGAAACGGAGGCAUUAUUGUUGAAAGGGCAGUGCGAGCUGAACUUGUCCCAUUUAAAGAGCGCCAUUAGCACGUUUAACAAGGCCUACUAUAUUCAAGCCAAACUGAAAUCGAACAAAGGCAUGUGCGAAGCCAGAGUUGAAUUGUCUAAGGCCUACCUUAUGUCCGGAAAUACAACUUUGGCACUCCAACAUCUGCAACAUCUCAAGGAAGUGGCCGAAAAACACAAUUUGAAAUUUUAUCUGGCCCAAGCGUACCGGUACUUGGGCGAGUUUUAUCUCAAUAAUGGUGAACCAAGUAAAGCCACCCCGCUAUUAUUGGACGCCCUCAAUAUUUUUUACGAGACCGGUGCUAUUGUCCAAGCGGACCAGGUGAAAAAAUUGGAAGCGCUAUCUGCUGGAUUAGAACUGAUGCCCCAAUACAUCCAGUUAAUAAAGAAAACUGAUAGGAAUCGUAAAGAUUGGUUUGAAAAUUUGAUGAAACUCGUAAAAUGGAAGGAUCUAAGAGAACCAUUUUGGGAUAGAAAAGAGGACUCAGAUAUAGAAGUACAACGAAAGUCAAUAGCAGAACUAAGAUUUGAAGAGAUGUCCAUCAAUUUUAAAGCUCACACGGCUACGCAAGCCACAUCAGUCGAGCUCGGCUCCGAGACCAACUUUUUAUACAGACCCAAAGCAAAUGAGGAAGCAGAUGUUAGACAAUCGACUAUGCUAUGUCCUGAUCCAGCAGAAUUAGAAACAGGCAACACAAAUUAUAAUAUGUAAUUUUAUAUUAUACACAAUAAAUUUUUAACCUAA